CACAUAGCCACGAGCCAGUGAACGGGGUCGACACUAAGCGGGUCCAAAACGAGGUGCACGUGAAUAGACAGGCAUCGGCCGCACCAGCACGGACUCAGCCAUGGUUUUUCGCCCGGGGAAGAGCGGCAGCAGCCUAGCGGUGUUGCUUGCGACCAUCUCCUGCUGUUCGGGAAACGAGAUCGCCCGGACAUGCCAACAGCUGAAGGAUCGCAUCACGCCCGUUGACAGGGAAGGACCUUCCCUGAUCACGACCACCCUGGGAGAAGGCGAGGCGCUGAGCUGCUUGGAAGGGGUCGCGUUAUCCCCGGGGGUAGAGAUCAGGGCCAUCGGGGCAACGGCGGGCGGGGAAGACAGGAACGCCGGCCUGCGGGCCGCCGCCAGGACCUCCAUGCUGCCGCGGCUGCAGCACCAGGAGACCUGGAGAGCCCCUUCGGGAUGGCAACAAGACGAAACGGACUUGUGGGUUGAGGAGGAAGAGAGGAGGCUGCAAGAGGACGGUUACCAAACCCCUAGCACCGGAGAGGGGGGAGAAGGCGGUGGUGGCAUGCUUGGAGAAGACGAACAGGAAGCAACGGCGCCACCCACCGCCACCAACAGCACGGCCGUCGCCGACGAAGGCGACGGCGCUACCGUUGCUUCCGGCGAGGGAGACGGGGAUGCCGGUGAUGCUGCCGGCGGCGUCAGCAGCAGCAAUAGCACCGCCAGCAGCAGGAGCAGCAAUAACAGCGCCGUCAGCAGCAGCAGCAACAGCACCGAGGUGGGAAGCAGCGGCGGCGGCAACGCGGUAGUAAACACCACCAGCAGCAACACCCCCGCCCCGGCGGCCACCUCCGUAGCCGCCACGCCGGUCCCGGCGGUGGGGUCCAACAAUACCUCGGAGGGUACGUUCCCGCUGGAACAGACGCCCACGGAGCCCCCCGCGGGCAACAGCAGCACCGCGGACGGCGCGUUACCCCUGGAGGAGCCAGCCACGGAGCCCCCGGCGAAUGUCCCCGCGGCAGUCGCCACGGAUGCCCCCGUUGGCGACGACGAGGGCUUGGUGCCGGAAGAGUCUGGCAACAGUACCGCCACCGCCGACAGCGGCAUUGGUAGCGGCGGCGGGGGCGAGGAGGCGUGGGGAGGGGAGGAAGGGGGCAGCGACGAGAUGACCUCGUACGAAGAGGAGUACGAGGAGGAGAUGGAGGAAUACGAGGAAGAGUACGAAGAGGAGAUGGAGGAAUACGAGGAAGAGUACGAAGAGGAGAUGGAGGAGUACGAGGAGGAGUACGAGGAAGAGAUGGAGGAGUACGAGGAGGAGUACGAAGAGGAGAUGGAGGAGUACGAGGAAGAGUAUGAAGAGAUGGAGGAGGAAUACGAGGAGUACGAGGAGGAAAUGGAGGAGGAAGAAGAGUAUUACGAGGAAGGGUUGGGACAAGCGGCAGAAAUAUAUGACGAUGAGGAGAAGGACCCGUCCGUCGAUGACAACUCCUACGUGCUCAAGUUCGGAGCUGUCUUGAUGGUCUUGGUGGCGGUCGGCGCGGCGGGCGUCUUCGUGAUGAGGCGAAGGCGCAUCCAGGGGCUCCGUGGUGAAUUCCAGGGGGUACCCCACAGAGGGCUCACGGACGAAGACAGCCUCUGACCAGCUGGGCUCUAUGGGCCCACAACCCCAGCACGGCAAUCGUGGACUGAUUUUUGACGCGUUCGUCUUUCUUGUGUACACGCUCUUGCAAUGCGACCAUGUAACAUUUCGUCGUGCGGACCAAGGGAAAUAUUGCUCCGGUUUGUGUAUUUAUACGUUUGAAGGAGAAACACAGGCAAGCGCUUGGUUGGGCGCGUCAACGUUGGAGCCGUUCCGCACGCAGUGUUUUUGUAGUUUCCGCGACGGGACGUUGGCAGGAUAGCUGGUUCGGCCGUUGCUGUCGCCCAAUCCCCGACCCCCCGUUGUCGAGAGGUGAUUUUGGUCGAUACAGCAGCAGCCGCUGUGAACUUUUGGUCCGCACCGUUCGAGCGCUGAGACGAAAAUGGAGAGGAGGGUUCGUGGGAGGGGAUGUGCCGUGAAGACGUCGAGUAGUGCUGUUUUUUCCCGUGAGUUCGUGUUGUUGCCAACACGGUCUACAUCAAAACGUUGGACAGGUUGUUGACAAGGUGUGCUACUUCGUGACCUUGGGCAUAUCGGCCAGGGGUCGCCGUGGAAAAAGCUUCUCGAAAGGACCUACCCCCCUCCCACGGAAGGAAAAGGGGGACAGCCAUCGGGAGGGGGGGGAUAAGUCGAAUGGAGAUGAAAGAACAAGCUUCUUUUUUUGUUUUUGUUGUGUGCUGAGGGUGAUUGCUCCGCCUUCUUUCGAAGGGCGCGAGGAGAGGCCCCGAAUUUUUCCCUGUGGGUGUACGCAUUUGUCUGUCCGGGAAGCCUGGGCGGUACUACUCGUUAGCUGCUGUGCUUGUGUGCCCAACUCGAAAGAAUGCCCUUAAGGUCGCUUGCGUGUGCCACAUGGUCCGGUUUAUGCAUGUCCGUUUGUGGAUGGUGGUGGGCGGGGCCAGGGGGGGGCAAGUUUACGUGGUGUCCCAUAUAUGCAUGUGGUUUAACCAUACCUGCCUUCUGGUCGGUUACUUCCGAGGUAUUAUGAACCCGGGGGUAUUGUUGCUGUAGUGGCUACCGCAUACGGAUUGAUGCUGAGUACCGAUCUGGUUCCCUAAGGAAUGCUGGAAUGCUGCCGGCAUAUAUGUAUGUGUAGCCGGCAGGAGAGCAGGAGAGUGGCAUCACGGGAACGUAUCUAGCGUACGUGUAGCGUUUAAUGGAUCGAUUCAUGUGUCUCGUGAGUUGUGCUGGUCCUUGCGACCCCCCUUGUCGCCACCCCUUGCUGUUCAACAUGAACACAGAGUGGCGGGCGCUCUUCAACCCUGAAAAAGGCUGUACCACGCCCGGACGCAUCUUUAUCCGUGUCUCCUCCCCCCCGCCCUGUGUAGGUACAUGUGUAGAAGUGUCUAUUUCAUCGUCCCUUGUAGUUUGUUUCUCUACGGUGCUCUGGGCGCCAACGACGCAUGGAUGGAUGUUUGUUCGAAGCUUUUACUUGUCCUUUGUGCUGCUAGCGUGUGUGGCAAUUACAACCGUUUGCUCCCCGUGGAAGUCCUCUACUCGUAUCCUG